AAAGGCAGUUGAUAUUCCAAUACUAUACGGAUCUACACAAAAAUAUUUUAAAAAUGUCGAACCCUACUGGCUUUAAUUUUGAUAAUGUGCGAUGCAAUAAUAUGCUAAAAAAGGAGGGCUUGGAAGAACCAACACCCUUUCUCACUGGUACCUCCCUUGUUGGUAUUAUCUACGGGGAUGGUAUUAUAAUUGGCGCCGAUGAGCGCGAAACAAAUGGAAAAGUUGUGGUCUCUACUCAUUCCAGGAAAAUAUAUCGUCUACACGACAACAUAUAUUGUGCUGCUUCUGGGAUAAGUGCCGAUGUCGAUUCGGUGGUUUACUUGCUCCAGUCGCAACUAAGACUGCACUAUUUGGAGCGUGAACGAUUGGUGCCCGUGGUGUGUGCCAAUACCUUUGCCAGGCAAACACUUUUUCGGUACAAUGGCAAGAUGUUGUGCAAUUUGAUAAUUGCGGGCGUCUGGAAAAAUGAAAUGGAUCUCUAUUGCACCCGAUUCGAGGGGUACUCGGAGAGGGUGCCCUACGCUUCAUUGGGGACCGGAUCGGUGGGAGCCAUGGCUGUGUUGGAAAGUCGAUGGCAUAGAAAUUUAUGUGAGGGAGAGGCACGUCAAUUGGUUUUGGAUGCUGUGAACGCAGGCAUUGAAGGUGAUCCUCUUUCGGGAAACAGUACAGACUUGCUUAUUGUGCGCCGCAACGGGAGCGUGGAAAAGGUCACAAUUCCAAGUAUUAGGGAUAAUGGUAAAGACGCUUCAAAAGUGCGUCCAGCAAGAAGGCUUCAAGAACUGGAUAUGCCGUUCACUGAGAAGGUUACCUAUAAAUCCAAUGCAAUGCAAUGCCCUCAAGAAAAUGCCAAUCAACAUGAAGAAAAACCGGAAGAAGUCCCCGAAAUCAAUGUACCAAAGCGUAGUGGAGAUCCGCCGGCUAACGGACCACCGCCGAAAAAGAGCCGCUAAGUGGCUAUACUGAAAAAAUGUUGUUUUAUUAUUUGUUAUUAAGCAUUGUUUGUCUACCGUUUAAUUGUUUAAAGCCAAGUGCAAGAAAAUUGAAUAGUUUAGCUGCCAAAGAGAUUUAUUUGGAUGCUCACAACAAUAACGAGAAAUCUAACAAGAAAAGCAAAUACAAUUGCAUGGCAUUAACUAAAUCGCA